GCGGGGCUGGCGCUCGGGAGGCGGUGGAGCGGCGUCACUCUUCACCUGCCGGCGCGAGCUCAGCGCCCUGGGCGGUCGGCAGGCUAGGGGGCUGCGGGGCUGAGCCCCGCUGAGCCCGCCGGGCCAGCCAUGGGCGACCGCGAGCGCAACAAGAAGCGGCUGCUGGAGCUGCUGCAGGCGGCGGGCACCGGCAACGCGUACUGCGCCGACUGCGGGGCGGCGGAUCCCGACUGGGCCUCCUACAAGCUGGGCAUUUUCAUCUGCCUGAACUGCUCUGGUGUCCACCGCAACUUCCCAGACAUCAGCAAAAUUAAAUCCGUGAGACUUGACUUCUGGGAUGACAGUACUGUGGAGUUUAUGACCCACAACGGGAACCUCCGUGUGAAGGCCAAGUACGAAGCCAGAGUCCCUGCUUUCUACUAUGUCCCCCAGGCCAACGACUGCCUGGUGUUAAAGGAACAGUGGAUUCGAGCUAAGUAUGAAAGACAGGAAUUUAUGGCCGAUGGGAAAACCACCUCACCCCCAGGAAACCGGGAAGGGUUCCUGUGGAAGCGGGGAAGGGACAAUGCACAGUUCCUGCGAAGGAAGUUUGUCCUCCUGGCAAAAGAAGGCCUCCUGAAGUACUACACUAAAGAGGAGGGUAAAGGCCCCAAAGCUGUCAUCAGCAUCAAGGACUUGAAUGCCACCUUUGAGACAGAGAAGAUAGGGAACCCCCAUGGACUGCAGAUCACCUACAGGAGAGAGGGCCACGUCAGGAACCUCUUCGUGUACCACGAGAGUGGGAAGGAGAUAGUGGACUGGUUCAAUGCCCUGCGUGCAGCCCGUCUGCAGUACCUAAAAACGGCCUUUCCUGAGCUCCCUGAGUCUGAGCUCGUGCCCCUCAUCACAAGGAAGUACCUCAAACAAGGCUUCAUGGAAAAGACGGGUCCAAAGCAGAAAGAACCUUUCAAGAAAAGGUGGUUUGUCUUGGAUCCCCAGGAGCGGAGGCUGCUCUAUUACAAGAACCCACUGGAUGCCUUUGAACAGGGCCAGGUUUUUCUUGGGAGCAACGAGCAGGGGUACGGAGUAUAUGAAGACCUGCCCAAGGGUAUCCGAGGGAACCGCUGGAAAGCUGGCCUCACCAUCGUCACCCCCGAGCGGAGGUUCCUCUUCACCUGCCCCAGCGAGAAGGAGCAGAGGGAAUGGCUGGAGAGUUUUCAGGAUGUCCUCUCCCGCCCCUUGACGCCCCUCAACCUUCUCAAAUACAGAUGGUGCUCGCUGUUGCCAGGAAGCUCUCUCUGUCCAUGCACAGCUCUUCUGUGGGGAGCUCCGCCCUGUUAGCUACCCGCCGCCCACCAGUCCCUCUCCACCUGAGAAACCCGGGUCUGUUAUUAUUAGCUAUGGUCACACCCACUGGGCAACUCCUGGGGUCUUGGGUUCCUCUCCCCUCACAGAGGAAAGGCUAUUUUGGGUGCCCUUCUUUUCUCUGCAUCCUCCCUUCUGUCGCUGCUCUCCUGCUCCUCCCCUUCCCCCCAGAUGUGUGACAAGUAGGCUUCUGUCUGCUGACAGCCAUGUGAAAAAUGAGAAGACGUUCUGAGCGGGAGCAGGAAACUCCUGGCCUGGGGCCUGGUUUGCGGGCACCAGGAACAAGUUCUGUGUUUGAAAAAGGACAGACCCGAGGAGGAGACCCCACAGCGCCCCCUUAGGAGAAACCCUUGUGUCCUUUGAGUCAGAUCAGCAUAAACACACCUGCUUUUCCCUUUCCAAAAUCUGAAAGCCUAGAGCCUGAGAAACAGACUUGAAAGUUGUUAGUAAAGCCCAUCUGCUGGCGCCUUCCUUGUCCCUGCCGGUGGGUCUGCGUGUCUGACUCUGUUUCCAUGUCUCUCUCUCUCUCUCUGCGCUGGCGUGUGUCUCUCGCCGCCCUCGGUUGUUUUUUUAAUUCUGGUUCUCUGUCACUGUGUCCCUGUCCCCUUGCUGUCCCUUCUCUCCAGCAGGACUACACUGGCACGGUUAUCAUCUGAGCUCUCUUCUUGCUCCCCUGACAGCUGCAUCAUCGGAGAGUGGCCACAGCAGCAGGUGACCCACUGGCUACCGGUCACCCGGAGCUCAUGGUAGGAAGGACAAGUUCUAACCUCAGCCUUCGUUGCCCAGCAGGCAUGCCCCGCCGUUCAGCAGCCAUGGCUGGCCAUGAACUUUGCCAAGACUGAAGCUUUGGCCUUUACCUGCUGGCUCCCUGGGCCUUCCCACGGCCCAGCUCAGGCGAGUCUUGGGGAUCUGGCCCAUGUCCUCAAGGCCUCAGACCUCUGGAAUGAAAACACUGCAUCGGAGAGCCACCCACCGUGUCCUGCAAGUAGAGGUUUGCUCAAAGAGAAAAAAAAACUUGAUUCUGGAUGGAACCAUGAAGAAGGAAUCAGACAAAUCCACACGAGGAACGGUCUAUAAAACUGCCGGUAUAAGAUAAAGCAGUGAGGAAACUGUUCCACAUUAAAGAAGACGAAGGAGGCAACAAAGUGGAAUUCACGAUUCUUGAUUGGAUCCUGGAUUUUGAUGCCUUUUUUUUUUUUAAGAUUUUUAUUUUUCAAUAAUCUCUACACCCAACGUGGGGCUCAAACUCAUGACCCCGAGAUCAAGAGUCCCACGCUCCACCGACUGAGCCAGCCAGGUGCUCCCUGGAUCCUGGAUUUUUUAAAAAAGCAGCUAUAAAGGACAUGAUUGAGAUACUGGGGGAAGUCUGAAUAUGGAUGCAUAUCAGCUAGUCAGAUAGUGAGACGGAUGAUUAUGUUGUAUUUGUGUAGGAGAUUGCACUUGUGCCUGUGGAUACGUGCUGACAUAUUCAGGGGUAAAAAUAGAAUAAUUUUUAGUCUACAACUGACUCUUAAAUGGGUCAAGAAAGAAUAAGUGUGUGUGUACAUGUAUAUAGAGAGAGUAUAUACACACAUAUAUAUAUAGUGUGUGUGUCUGUGUGGAAGACAGGAAGUAUACACACACACACACACACACACCCAGGGAGAGAGAGAAAAAAGUGAGCCUCUGUGCAAAGUGUUAGCAACUGAGGGAUCUAGAUGAAGCAGAGAUGGGUCUUUGUUGUCUUACUGGUGCACAUUUUCUAGAGAUUCAAAAGUGUUCAAAUUAAACACUUGGAAGCUGGGGGAAAUUAUUAAAGAAACACCCAUUUGCACUCUUCAAAAGCAAUUAUAUUUUCUACAUGAAUCAAAACAGUUCCUGGGGAAGUCUCGUCUUGGUACAGAUUUUAGAAGAAAUGAAAACCCAGAGAAUACAAAACAAACAAGCAAAGACAAACACAAAAAACAAAACAAUGUUCAGAUCGAUUAUUGGAAGCAAAGAAGCAAGCCAGCUCCACUGAAACCCAGAGCAGAGAGCUCUCCAGGCUGCCAGCCAGCUCUGGCCUUUCCGCAAACUCAAAAUGGUCAGAAACCUCACUUUCCCACCUAUGUGCCUUGGUUUUUCUCUUUCGGAGCAGGAAAGCGCACUGACUAUUGAAAUUCCAUGGAAGCAACAAGUACUUUUGAGGCUAUCCCAGGUGCCAGGCUCUGUGCCAGGCCCUGGGAACAGGGUGAGAACCAGCUGGUCCCUGCUUACCAUGGAUGACAGGCUGCUGCAAGGCCACGCUUCCAUGGGGCAGGACAGUGCCACAAGUGUUAAGGAAAGGAAGCACAGACAAUUGUUGGAGCCUGGGUUUCACCUAACUGAGGGGGAGGGGGGCCUCCAUCCUCUCCAGAAAGUGAUGUUGAAGUGGAAACCUUAAAGAUAUUUAGAGGUAAGUCAACAGGAAGAGGAAAACACUCAUCUCAGGAAAGAAAAUGUUCAAAGUCCCUUAGGUGGGAAAGAGGAACUAAAAGAAAUCUGGAAUGGCUGAAAAGUUAGAGAAAUAGAUCACCGCCGAGGUACCUGCUCUAUGACUCUUUGUCCUUCGGGUCACGUGCAGAAAGAUAUCUGGUGUGCUCUCUUCAUUUUGGUGGAGACCCAGAGGGUUGGGAGGGCAUUUAACAGAAUCUCUUCUUUUGAUGGGGUUUUCCUAUGGAAUCCUCAGAGGACAAGCAACAUUAUUGGAGUGUCUUUUCGGAGGCUUCCUGACAGCCCAGAUGGAGAUGGGUGUGCUUCCUCUUCUGGCCCCUAAAGUACCUUGAAAAUGUUUGUUUCAACACCUGCUGAGUUGUAUAUUAAUGGUUAAUGUACUCAUCUGCCUUUUUCACUACCUAUGAGCUCCAUCUAGAGAGGAAAGAAGGAGUAAACAGACAGUCACAAAGCUACUUGCUUGGCAUUAAGAAGGAGAGUCCAUGAUCAGAUUUGAGACUUAGGAAAACAAGGCGGCAACGUAGAGUGUGGGAAGGAAGCAGAGAGAUCAGCAGGCAGUGUGGGGCGGGGGACACUGCAUGAAUCACAAGCAUCAUAGGAAAGUGUAAUUGCGGGCCUGCAUCUGAGGCAGCACACCAGCUCUCCUUCCCACCUCUUCUCUCUUAAACAUCCUUCUGUUCAGAAAAGAAAGCCAUACCUCUUAUCCACCUUAAACCUUACACUGCUCCAAGGCAAUAAAACUCAUCGGGAUGCCAGAUAGAGAGCCAAUUUGAAAUAGGAGUGACAAUUUUCCUUUGUGAAUUUUAUUUUUUUACAUUGUUCUAUACUAAAAUUGACUUAUUUUGUACUGUUCUAUAAAUGUUAAUACAUAUAUGGAUUCCUGUAACUACCACCACAAUCAGUAAAGAAUGGUUACAUCACUUUAAAUGCUCCUGGGUGCUAGCUCUCGCCCCCUUGCCCUGCCACCUGCCAACCACAGCUCUGGUCUUCAUUGGCCCAGAUUUAUAUUUUUGAGGGUGUCCUAUGAAUGGGAUAAUUAGAAAUGUAAUCUUUGAUAUUGGCUUCUUUCACUCAGUAUAAUGGCUUUGCAAUUCAUCUAAGUCAUCACGUGUAUCAACAGUUAUCAUUGCCGAGCUGUAGUGCAUCAUAUGGGUAUACCAUGGUUUGUUUAUCCCAUGGAAGAGAACUCCACAAUAAAAAGGAAUGAAUUAUUGAUACACGCAACAGUAUCCAGGAGUGAGCUGCUGGGUCACGUGGUAGGCGUAUGUUUAACAUUAUAACAACCUGUCAAACUGUCUUCCAGAGUGGGCCUCGACCCUUUCGCAUUCCCACUGGCAAUGUGUGAGAGUUCCAGUUACCCUGCAUCUUCACCAGCACUGGCUAUUCUCAGUAGUCUUAAUUUAAUGGUUCCCGUUGUAGUGGUGUCCCCAUGGUUUUCAUUUGCAUUUCCCUAUAGUGGCUGGUGACGCUGAACAUCUUUUCCUGUGCUGAUCUGCCAACCUUGUAUCUUUGGAGAAGUGACUUUGUAUCCAUGUCUCAUCUUUAAAAGAAUUUAUUUACUUUUCAGACAAAGAUUUUAUUUAUUCAUUUGAGAGAGAAAUAGAACACAAGCCAUGCAGAGAGAGAGGGACACACAGACUUGCCACCGAGCAAGGAGCCUGACAUGGGGCUCAAUCCCAGGACUCUGCGAACUUGACCUGAGCCAAAGUUAGACACUUGACUGACUGAGCCACCCAGGUGCCCCUCAUUUCUUAAUUGUAUGGUUUCUCUUCUUUAUUGUUGAGUUUUGAGAGUUCUUUAUACAUUCUUGAUAUCAGUCCUUUGACAGACAUGGGAUGUGCAAAUUUUUCCUCCCAAUCUGUAGCUUUUUAUUCUCUUUACAGUACCAGUGAAGUCUUUUUAAGGCAUGGAGGUCAGGUUUUAUGACUCCCUCUGUUUCGUGCAGAUUUUUGUUGGUGACAAAGUUUGGCAUUAAAACUGGGGUGUUUUGGCUUAUGUUUGGAUGUUUUGAAUUCAUAAAGAGUGGAGUGGAACUGAGGAUGAUGUUUAUUUUAUGACCUCUCCUGCCCCUAACAAAACAUGCUUUAUCCCUGAAGGAAUCCAGUAAGAGCAAAGCAAAGCACUGGUAGAUGUUAACGAUGGUCGUACCUUAUUUCACCCUGUGCACAAAUUCAGGAUCUUGUCCUUUCCCAUCUGACUUAACAUUAGAACCCAGUGUCACAGGGAUGUGUAUUGACAUAUCUAUUUUGUGAGUGUGUGUGUGCUUAAGACUUUAUUUAUCUUAGAGACAGCACACAUGAGCUGGGAGGUGGUGGUGGGCAGAAUCAGAGGGAGGGAGAGAAUUGCAAGCAGACUCCCCAUGGGGCACAGAGCUCGACUCAGGGCUUGAUCCCAUGACCACAGUAUCUGAAUCGCAGCUUAACCAGCUGAGCUACCCAGGCGCCCCUUAACACAUCUCUUUGAAUUUAACAAUGAGGUCAGAUUCUUUGGCAGAAUAUGAGUCUGACUUGCCUGACUGGUUUGAUUUGGGAACUGGCCUUGCCAAUUAGGUUAUGUGGCAAUAUUUUGCAUAAAUUGGACAAGCUAAAUCUGUAGCUCCAAAUUUUAAAGAAAAUGUAUUUCAAACAUAGAAAAGUAUCUUUCCAAAAAUAUUAGAUUGACAAAGGUGUAUUGAAAUGAAUAAUAUUAUUCUAAUUUUUCUAUCCCUUUUUGAGUAUAUCAUGUUUAACAAAGUGACUCAUAAAAGAGUGGUAAUUUGAUAAUUUGAUAAGCCUUGGUGAAGUCUUAUUAGCAUACCACCCAGAAAAUGAGAAAGUGAAUACGUGCUUUUUUCUUUAAUUUUUAUUUAUUUAAUUUCUAUACCCAACAUGGGGCUUCAGACUCACAACCCCAAGAUCAAGAGUUGCUUGCCCUUCCACUGAGCCAGCUAGGCACCCCAAGAAAGUGAAUACUUCUAAUGAUUUUUGCAAUACAGUUAGUUUCAUAUUCUUUGUUCUCAAUUAAAAUUGAAGGAAAAUCAAUCUGGUCAGCUGAGGGAUUACUAAGUAAUUUCUGAUAAUGGAUCACUAUGUGAUCUUUUUUGCUCUUCAACAAACCGUGUGACACUGUAGUCAUUCAUAUAUGUGGACAAGGUUCCUCAGCACUAACAUGUAUACAGACAAAAAAAAUAGAAAUAUAAUUUAUUACUGAAACUUGCUUAAUUCUGUUGGUAAGUAAUGUUCAUCUCUCACAUAAUGCAAUAGCGAAAAUCCAAAUAAAACAAUUUGAAAAUGGACAGGAGACCUGAAUAGAUUAUUUUUUCAAAGAAGAUGUACAAAUGACCAGCGGGUGUGUGAAAAUGUGUUCAACAUCAUAAUCACCAGGGAAAUGCAAAACAAAACACGAGUGAGAAACCAUUUGCUAUAAGAAUAGCUAUCAAAAAAGACAAGAGAUAACAAGUAUUAGCCAGGAUGUGGAGAAGAGGGAACCCCUGUGCACUGCUGGUGGGAAUGUUAAUUGGUGCAGCCAGGAUGGAGAACAGUUAUGGAGGUUCCUCAAAAAAUAAUAUAAUCCAGUAAUCUCAUUUCUGUCUAUAUAUCUGAAGGAAAUGAAAUCAUUGUCUCGAAGAGCUAUCUACACCUCAUGUUCAUUGCAGCAUAAUACACAAUUACCAAGACAUAGAUAUAGCCGAUGUCUACGUUAUCAGACAAAUGGAUAAAGAAAAUGCACACACACACACACACACACACACACCCCUCGAGGGCAUGAUGCUAAAUGAAAUCAGAGAAAAGCAAAUACUGUAUGAUCUCACGUGUGGAAUCUGAAAAAGCUAAAUCAGAACCACAGAGUACAAUGGUGAUUGCCAGGGACUGGAAAGGAGUGGGGGAAAUGGGAAGAUGUAGGACAAAGUAUAAAUUUCCACUUACAGGAUGAAUAAAUUCUGGGAAUCUAUCGUUUGGCAUGGUGACUAUUUUUUACCAUUCUGUAUAUUUGAAAGUUGCUAAGAGCAGACCUUAAAUUAAAUUACAUUAAAAUUUAAAUUAUCUUAAAUUAAAUUACAUUUAAUUUAUUAAAUGUUAAUUAAAAUUUAAUGUUAAAUGUUUUAAAUUUAAAUUAGAUCUUAAAUUACAAAAAAAGGUAAUUAUGUGAGACCAUGGAGGUGUUCAUUAACCUUAUAUGAUAAUCAUUUUGCAACAUAUGUGCAUUAAAUAAGUCAUAUUGUGUAUCUUAAACUUAGAGACAAUGUUAUAUAGGUCAGUUGAGGUAGCUCAGCAAAGCUGGAGAAAAAAGUAAUGUUCAUCCACAGAUAAAUGCAUUUUGUAAAAGAAACCAGCACAUCACUCUCAUUAAGAGCUGUAAUUCCAAUAAAAAUUUUGACUUUUUGUUUACCA